AUGAGCUCCGACCUCAGUGCGGGACAUCUCCCGGCGGCCUUUCAGUGGCGCAAGAUCAAGAUCCUGGAGGAGCUGUCUGUGCCAGACACAGAGUAUACAGACCUCUCGCCCAAGGGAUGUGUAGACGAGGGCAUCCGCGACUUGAUCCGGGACCUCAAUGGCCUCCCCGGUCUAGUAACCACCAGCAGUUGCGCGGGCCGUGUCAGUGUCUUCCUAGAAGGCCGCAAGAAGUCUCCAGAACCGUCUCAGGAGACUCAAAGACAGUUUGCCCCCUCUGGUGGCAAAGGUGCCGGGCGGUGGUUGUAUGUGUCUCACGAGCCUUUGAGCCAACCCGAGACCCAUGACGCAACCGUACAGAAGUCGCUCCAUGAUUUGUUUGGGAUGGUUCCUGGCGACGGCAAGCCACCUAAGCUUGCUGGAGAAAAUGCCUCGCUGCGGCUGGUCCGCUUCCAUUUUGAGCCGUUGAUCCUCCAUAUCAUGGCAGCCACGCUGAGCCACGCCCAGCCGGUGCUGUCGGCAGCAUCCGCCUCGGGCUUUCGCGAAAGCGGCCUGCAGAGUCUCCGCUGUUUGGAAGGCGACGAGGGCCCCAGCCCGAUUGUCGCUGUGCGCUCAUCUGGCCUGUCACUCGAGUCGGUGAUCGGGUACUGCGACGAACAUGAUUCUGCUUCCGAGCCAGUCAUUCGCAGCCUGGUGACUGAGGAGUAUCUCGAGAUGCUCGUUGCUAUGUCCAAUGAAAGGUUUGCCGUCAACGCUGAUCGGAGAGAACGGUUUUGCGCUGGUGUUAUGGAGAUGUAUUCCCCAGAUGGGACUCCAGGGACUGCAAAAGGGAGAACAAAAUCGAGGCCACCGGGAUGGGAGGAUCCUAUCGCGCGGAAGGAGAGGAAACGGGCUGAAGGGUUGAUGAGAAAGAAACUCUUGGACGAGCAGAAAAUUGCUGAAUCUGCUGAAGAUGAAGCCACUCUGGAAGGACUGGCAGAUGCCGAAUGA